AGAGUCCAGAGAUUUCCUAGGUUUUCGACAUGGGAGCACUUGCUCCCAUCUCUCCAUGGUUUCCUGAAGACGAUCUUAAGUUAAAAAAUGCAGUAGAGGAUGGUGCUUCUUUAGAAUCACUUGCUAAAGGUGCAGUGAGUUUCUCUCGUAGAUUCACUAUUCGAGAACUGCAGGAUAGGUGGCACUCUCUUCUCUAUGAUCCAGAUGUUUCAGUAGAAGCUUCUGAUCUCAUGGUUGAGAUUGAAUGUUCUGCUUCCAAUCUUUCAUCAAAACCUAGCAGACCUGGCAAUUCUAAAGGUAAUGGAUAUGCUUCGGGGAAGAGAAAAGUUGGAAGUGUUCGUAGCCAUUACUAUACCAUGCGAAAGAGGAUUUGUAGGGAACCUUUUAACUCUAUUGAUCUAAGUUUUCUUGUUGCGCCUGGUGGUUUUAAUUGCACUGAUAAUGAAGGUGGGUUGCAAGAGCAUUUAACACAUCAUAGUGAGCCUGAAAGUCAAAAUUGCAUUUUUGGAGAGCCUAUCUCAAAUCAUUUUGGACUGCAGGAAUCGGACUUGGAUAUUGUGCGUCAUGCUUUUCAAGAAAUUGUGGGGGAUGAUGCAACUGUUGGUGGCAUUGAUGGUCCUGUCCAUGAAUUUCACACUGGACACCUGGACUCAUUUGAAGAUGGUCUUCCACAUGGAAUGAUGGAUAGGGACUGCUUAUAUGGCUUUACAGACAAUGUUUCUCCUGUGUCAGUCACAGAAGCAAGGCAAACUGGCAGUGGGCAUUCUUUUGAGCAUGAUGAUGUACAUAAAGAUCUUCCUCUUCAACAGAACUUACCUGUCUUUGGGAAUUGUGCUGGUGCUCAAGAAAUGGGGCCACAGUGUGAAGUGCCUGUGAGCGACCUAUUUGAGACAGAUGAUCUAGAAGCAAAACCUUUGUCUUCCUUUGAUUCUAUUAAUAGCAACCCUGGGAAUGUUUGCUCUGGAUUUGGAGGAAGUCAAGGCUUCAACUCCCCAGUUUCAGAUUGUGGUGCUGCAUUUCACCAAUUAGGAUAUUCAUCUCCACUAGCUAGGAUGCCCUCCUGGGAACCAAUAAAUGACAUUUCUACAUCAGCAAUUCAAAUCGAGACAAACCUUGGAGACAAAGAUCAAGUCCUAGGAGAUGCAUUAGCAUGCGCUGGUGAUGGUGGCGCUGAGAGAAUAGGUUCAUCCGGUUGUGAAAUUGUCCACUCAGACAUCGAGUUGAAAGAAAGAAUAUCUGCUGAUGGAUUAGCUAAUUCCACUGCUAUGCCAGAGGGUGAUUUCGUGGAUCUUUCCAGUUCUCUUUUGAACUUUGCAGAUGAUGAGCUUCUAUUCAUGGAUGUAGAUGUAGAUGUAGAUGUUGUGAAAGACAUGAUGGGUAGAUCAUGCCUUGAUGGUCUUAACUCAAUUUUGUUAAGUUCUCCAAGUGAAGCUCAUCAAGAUGAUAUUCCUGGUGCUCCUACUGAGUCUAAGGCUUCCGAACCACAUGAUACAUGCUUGGUGGUAGCUAAUGAUCCAUGUACUGCAGAAUUCGAUGAUCUUAGUUACCAAUCACACUUUGGUCAGGAGGAUGGCAAUAAGGUUUGUGAUGCAGAGAGCAAUAUCUUGGUGGUGUCUACAUCAGCAUCAAAUCCUCAGUAUCCUGAACUCAUUAAUGGGGUUAUUUGCUGUAUAUUGAACACAGAGGACCCUGAAAUCCCAAACAAUGAUGACAUCUUUCCAUCCACUGAAACACUUACAUCAUUCACAUCCCCCUUAACACAACAUGGCUCUGGGGAGUAUCGUAGCACAGAAGCCUCAUUUCCCCUGGAUGUUCGUGAUGCUCAAAAGGUUGGUGAACAAGGAUCCAACUUGGUGAAGGGAGAAGAAGAGGCCCCUGUACAGAGACUUCUGCCUCCCAGGAUAAGAUCACAAGUAUUAGCAGAAAUGGGUCCAAACCAUGCUGUUGAUGGUUGUGGGGUCAAAUCUGAAUUGUGUGAGACUGACUCCCCUGAUGUGGUGAUCAAUCACACAAGUACUGCCAUUGGGGAGUCGUGUCGAUGCAGACCUGUGCCUGUAACUCCAAACUUUGUCCCAGAUGGAUCACUGAAGGACUCAGCUGUAAAAGUUGAAAUGGGGAUAAAACAUGAUUUUACUAGUUCUGUUGAUCCUUUAUUGGAAAAGACAGGUCAUGGUUCUGAUCAUGUAGAAAGUUGCCCACGAAACAUUCUUGGUGGUAGUAAACAGGAAGCAGAUAUGUCGGUCACAGUUCAUACAAAUUUGCCAUCACAUGCAGAUCCAGGCUCCACAGAGAUGGUCUACCCAGAACCUGGAUUAAACCCUCCAACUACAGAUCAUGAAGAGCAAUUUUCUGGAAGUGAUGGUGAUGUACCUUAUUUUUCUGAUGUCGAAGCAAUGAUACUUGAUAUGGACUUGGGUCUAGAUGAUCAAGAUUCACAUUUCAGUAGGGAAGCGUUAAGGUAUCAAAAUAAGGAUACUAAGAGGGCAAUCCUUAGGUUGGAACAGGUGGUCCAGUCUUAUAUGCAAAGAGCUAUGACUUCUCAUGGAGCAUUUGCCAUUUUCUAUGGCCGCCAUUUGAAGCAUUAUAUUAAGAAAUCUGAGGUAUUACUUGGGAGAGCAACAGAUGAUGUGGAUGUUGACAUUGACCUAGGAAGAGAAGGGCGUGCUAAUAAAAUAUCUCGGCGGCAGGCAAUGAUAAAGAUGGAUGAAGACGGAUCCUUCUAUCUGAAAAAUCUUGGCAAGUAUCCAAUUUUUGUCAAUAGCAAGGAGGUAGCAAUUGGACAACGUCUGAGUCUUAAUUCGUGUUGUUUGAUUGAGAUACGAGGCAUGAGAUUCAUGUUUGAAAAGUUUCAGUAUUCUUCAAGGUAGUAAAUAUUCAAAAUUCCAGAACGAAGAGCCAAGAAAGGUGAAAACACAGUAUGAAUCGUUGCAGGAGUUGGUGUAAGCUUGGGAUAUUUUGUGGUA